AUGGAGCAGGAGAUGCAGGAGCUGGAAGAGCGAACACACAGUAUCAAAGUAAUGGAGUCCUCAGAGGUGCUCAAAAUGGGGAUACUGAGUAAAUUUGUCAUCCUGAGGGAAGCCCUGGAGAAUUUCCAGUGCCGGAUGGUAGCCAGGAUCGAGCAAGAGCAGGCAGCAGCACUGGAGCUCAUGGGGGAGAACUGGAGCCUCCUGAAGGACCACCUGGAUGUCCUUGGCCAGCACAAGGAAAGGGCUCAGCGCCUGCUCGCUGCCCUGACCACAGGACUUUUCUCCAGUGAGAGCCCCAAAACUGACUAUAAGCCUGAGAAGGCCAGUGGCUUCCUGGCCUCUGUCAGAAACCGCUUGGCCAGCAGGACCAGGAAAGCAAUUAUGCCCCUCUACUCAGCACUGGGUUUGAUUCUGCAAAUCGCACCCUCCCUAGAACUGGCAAGCAAGAAAUGGCAGCAGCUGCUGACAGACUUAGAGGGAGUGUUCUGGCACAUUGAAGUAAUGUUCAGUUUGACACUGGUUCCUCGGGUUCUUUUCGUACUUGGAGGCAAUGUUAUGAGCCCCAAGGAGCUCUAUGAGCUCAACUUGGAGAGUCUCUGUGAGGAGAGUGCUGAGGAGAGCCUUGAAACUGCAUCCUGUGUUUGCAAACUUUUUCACUCCCUCUUUGUUGCAGAUGCCUUCAGUGAACUCGAGGACCUGCCUGUCGUGGGCACUGUUGUCAUGCUCCCAGGGCACCGCAGUUGUGUUGGUGACAGGUUCUGGCCCAGGCUCAACUAUAAAGUGCCGACGCGAGGGAGGAAACUGACCGUGAACUUGUCCUGUGAUGGAGGCAUCAACGUAAGUGAUGCCUCAUCUCAUCACCCUAUGGCUUCUACUUGAGACUACGUCUGGUUUCAAGGACCAGUGACCCUCAAAGGCUUUCAGGAAUGA